AAAUAUCAAAUUCGACCAAUCAAAGCAGGAACGGUCAUCAUCUCCCAAUCUCGUUUCGCUGAUCUACUUACCGGAUAGUGGUAUAAUUAGCACGAAUGCCAUCGUCUUACGUCCACCAAGUUUGCCUCUCACCCACGCCUAUUCUCUACCAAUAUGACCGUAGUCUCCAAUGAUCCCACUUUGUGGUCGUCCAUCAAUGCAUAUAGUUUGAGCAGCUAUUUUGUAGUCGCCGCCUUUGCUGCAGUGAUGUAUGAUUGGUCACUUACAUUCGGACAAGAGGUGGAAUUGAUCUGGAGACAACGAUGGUCCCUGAUGACAGUUAUGUAUCUCAGUGCGCGUUACCUUGGAAUGUUAUACGCUGCCCUGGCCAUUCUGGGUAUGCUAUAUUAUGUUCAUUAUGUGGAAUUGGAUAGGUGUUGUGGUAUUUGCGCUGCUGUGGGUCAUCAUCAUCACUCGGUUGCAUGCCAUGUAUCAAGGAUCCAGAAAGUGGCCUCCAUAAUCACAACGAUGCAUACUUCAGGGGAGGAACACAUUCUCUCCGGCACUUAUCAGUGCCAGACUAGUAACUAUACAGGAGAUCUCAUAAUUAUAACUUCCAUUGCUUGGAUACUCGGAAUUGUGUGGGAGGUCAUCGCACUAUGUCUCGCAGUCUGGAUUGUGGUAAAACACUUCCGUGAAUUGAGACAACAUUCGACAGGAGGGAUUAUGGAGGACUGUUUCACGGUGUUGAUGAAAACUCACGUGCUUUACUUUGCGAGCUUUGUUGCUGUUUCUUGCUUUGAGAUGAUUGUUAAUUUAUCUCCAACAUUGUCAAUGGCCAUUUCCCUGGACGCUCAGAUUAUCUAUGGGUUCCUUCAGAUUUCGCAGGUCGUGCAGAUGUUUGUGUUGGGACCGCGCCUGAUCCUUGGUAUUCGGGAAUACCACGCCAAGCUCGUGGCCGAUUCUGAUGUAGCAACUGUGGUGUGUGAUACUCGGUGCAGUCAACGAUUGUCUAGUACCCUCCAAAGAGCAGGGGAAUUUGCUUUUAUUUAAUCUCACUUUCUUGCAGUAUUGAUCGAAGUUAUUUGGUGUUCCAAA